AGGAAGCUGGUUGAUGGGAAGGUGGUUGGUGUUGUUGAGGGGUGAGUGGUGGUAGAGGAGGAGGAUGGUGGUGGUGGGGGGUCCAUUGUUGAGUAUCCGGAGGGGUUGAGGUAGAAGCGGUUUCGGUGGUUGGAGUCGGCUGUGUUUGUUUGUUUCGUGGGUGUUUGUUUCGUGGAUUUGACUUGUAAUUCGAAGUUCGUCUUGAGGUGAUCGGGCUUGUGGUCGAAUGGGCAAAAUAUGUAGUUUGGAGAGGUGAGGUUGCAGAUGCAGUUCAGGAACCCAAAGUCUUGGUGGGGCAGUUAUCCGCGGGGCAGAGCCGUUGCAGAUUGCGGAGAAAGUCAAUGCCGCUCCCAAAACGAUUGUCAUCUAUUAGCUACCUAGCUAAGGUAGUUCACUUCAAAAUAGUUUUAAAGUAGCCGAUUUUCAUAUUGAAGAUACUCAUUUUCAGGGAGGGUAUUCUUGCAUGGUCUGUUCUAUGCGACAUACCCACUCAUACUUUAAGAGAUAAAUCCGAGAUGCUCUAGAUAUCCUGCGGACAGACGACUUCCAAGGCAUCUCGAUCUCAAUGGAGUUAGAUUCCAAAAGAACCGGGCUCCUGCCAUUGAAACCAAGCCGAAGCGCCGUCCUCCUGCCAACCUCAAACCAGGUUAGGGUUAUUGGUGUGCUGGCCCAACCAUAAAGUGGGGCGGCUGUCAAGACCCGGUUGCCUAGCAACCCGCUGCGCCCAAACUGCCCAAAUUGACCCCCAUUAAAGCUGGCCCCGACAUCCUGGAUCUCUGUCCAUGCGACAACCGGCCGGACACGCAACAGACUGCGACUGCGACUGCAACCACAUACCUACACCUUCACGCCUGGUGUUGGUAUCUUUUGCUCUUCUUCUCUUCCUUCCCGCUACACAUUUUGUUUUUCUCUUCUUGGUCUCUGUUGACAUUGACUGUCACACAUUGCAAAAUGGCCUCGAGAACAUUGGAGUCCCGCUUCGAGCGGAUGUCUGUCAAGGACGAAAACGACCCGUUUGAGACCAUUGGGACGACAACGACAUCGACAUAUCAGAAGGCAAAGACCGUCACCGCCUCCUCUGCCUCACAACUCUCCCAUAGCAGCAGCCGGCCCAACCUUUUCAAAGUCGCCCUCCAGCCCCAAAACGCCAACACGGUAACAGCCACCGUCACUCUCCCCUCCCAGGCCGCCCAGCGCAAGCAACCCACGACCAGCGCUUCCACCGCCAUCCCCAACAAGCAGCGGGAAAAGGACACCACCACCAACAACAACAACAACGAAAUCCCCUCCCCAACCAAACACAAAUCCACCACCUCUCUAUCCUCCCGCCAGUCAGACGAACUCGUCCUCACCAAUGACGGCCGCUCCUCCUCGUUUUCCACCUCCUCCUACGUCGACGCCCCUCUAAUACCAAAACAAUUCCACCUCGGCAUGUUUGAAAUCGGCCGUCCCCUCGGAAAAGGUAAAUUCGGCCGCGUCUACCUCGCCCGCGAGAGAACAUCCUCCUUCAUCUGCGCUCUGAAGGUUCUUUACAAAUCCGAACUGCAACACGGCACCGGCGUGGAAAAACAAGUCCGCCGCGAAAUCGAGAUCCAGUCCAACCUCCGACACCCAAACAUCCUCAAGCUCUACGGCCAUUUUCACGACAGCAAGCGAAUUUUUUUGAUAUUGGAAUUCGCCGGCAAGGGCGAGCUGUACAAGCACCUACAGAAGGAAAGUCGGUUCCCCGAGUGGAAAGCGGCGCAGUAUAUCGCGCAAAUGGCGUCUGCGCUGAGGUAUCUGCACAGGAAGCAUGUGAUUCAUAGGGAUAUCAAACCCGAGAACAUCCUGAUGGGCAUUCACGGGGAGAUUAAGAUUUCUGACUUUGGGUGGUCAGUGCACGCGCCGAAUAAUAGGCGGAAGACGCUUUGCGGGACGUUGGAUUAUUUACCGCCCGAGAUGAUCAAGUCGGGCAGUAAGGAUAAUUGGUAUAAUGAAAAGGUGGAUUUGUGGAGCUUGGGGGUGUUGACGUAUGAGUUUUUGGUGGGGGAGGCGCCGUUUGAGGACACGCCGAUUAUGACGCAGAAGAGGAUCGCGAGGGCGGAUAUGACGAUUCCUGAGUGGGUUAGUAAGGAGGCGAGGGAUUUGAUUAAGAAGCUGCUCGUGCUGGAUCCGGAAAAGCGGUUGCCGUUGGAGGAGGUGCAGAAUCAUCCUUGGAUUAUCAAGCAUUGCGUCAAGGGGGAGAGGGCGUCGAAUCGGGAGAAGUUGAGCUUUGGGAAGUCUUGAUCAUUCGCAGACUUGGGGUUGGGGUGUGUCAAAGUUGUUGGUUUGUUUAUUUUCAAAAGUGAUGGGGUAUUUUACAUGACAUGACGGUCAAAGUACAAGUAUAUGGGCGUUGAGGA